AUGGCUUCCGUUUACUCUUCUGAAGAAGUUGCAAAGCACUCCACCAAGAACGACCUUUGGCUCGUUGUUCACAACAAGGUCUACAAUGUCACUGAAUUCGUCCAAGAGCAUCCCGGUGGCGAGGAAGUUUUGCUUGAUGAAGCAGGCAAGGAUGCAACUGAGUCCUUUGAAGAUAUCGGUCACUCUGAUGAAGCUCGUGAGAUCCUCGAAAAGUACCUCAUUGGUGAAUUGGAUGAAGCUUCCAAGAAGGAUAACCACAAAUUCAACGUCAUCCGCGCCGGUGAGCUUCCUGAGCAACCCAAGUCUGGAUCCUUCCUCCGUGUCGUCAUCCCUGCUUUGCUUGUUGCUGGUGCCAUCGCCUACAAGUUUGUCCUCGAGAAGAAGCAUUAG